AUCAAUUGUGGACUUAGCUGACCCUGCACACCCCCAUGAGUGUGGUUUUUCCCUAACUGAUGGGUGUGGUUUUUCCCUAACUGAAAUGAAUAAAUAGCUACACAACACAUCAGGAACUCUAUUGAGUUUCUGGGCCAAGAACAUCAAAACCUUUUACUAGGGAAACCAGGAAACCACCACUAUGGCAGGGAAGCCCAAGCUUCACUACUUCAAUGCACGGGGCAGAAUGGAGUCUAUCCGGUGGCUCCUGACUGCAGCUGGGGUAGAGUUUGAAGAGAAAUGUAUGAAAACUCGAGAAGACCUGGAAAAGUUAAGAAAAGAUGGGGUAUUGAUGUUCCAGCAAGUGCCCAUGGUUGAGAUUGAUGGGAUGAAGCUGGUGCAGACCAGAGCCAUUUUCAACUACAUUGCAGACAAGCACAACCUGUAUGGGAAAGACAUAAAGGAGAGAGCCCUGAUUGAUAUGUAUACAGAAGGCAUAGUAGAUUUGAAUGAAUUGAUUCUUACUCGUCCAUUCCUUCCACCGGAGGAACAAGAGGCAAAACUUGCUCAGAUCAAAGAUAAAGCAAAAAACCGUUAUUUUCCUGCCUUUGAAAAGGUGUUGAAGAGCCACGGACAAGACUACCUUGUUGGCAACAAGCUGAGCAAGGCUGACAUUCUCCUGGUUGAACUUCUCUACAACGUGGAAGAGCUCAACCCCGGCGCGACUGCCAGCUUCCCUCUGCUGCAGGCCCUGAAAACCAGGAUCAGCAAUCUCCCCACCGUGAAGAAGUUUCUGCAGCCUGGCAGCCAGAGGAAUCCGCCUGAUGAUGAGAAAUGCAGAGAAGAAGCAAAAAUCAUUUUCCAUUAAGAAGGCAAAGAUACCAAGCACAGGCAAGACCAGCCUCUGACCCCCUGCAGCGAUGAAGUACUUUAAAUAAAUAGUGAUCCUGAUUGUCAUAAGGCAUAUUACGUUUUCUAAGUAUUGUGUAAAUUUAAUUAAAAACCACCCAUGUAGAUUUAGUUGCAAUACAUGGUACUUGGUUUUGAUCAAAUACAAAAUUAUGAGCACCUCCUAGGAUGUCCCUUUGAACUUAAAUAAAAGAAAAGUUACUUGGA